GGAUGUGGAUGGGCGGAGAGAUGAGAGCCGCAGGUGGGACGUAAAACUGGCCGCUUUCAGCUGUUAGUUUUACCGUCGAUCUCAUUUUCCUUGAGUGCUUGAGUGGUGCUUCUGAACGACAUGGGGAAGCUUCAGGAAUUCGAGAUUACUUUCACUAAUAACAAAGUGGUCUACAACCCCGGGGAGUCCAUAUCAGGAACUGUGAGAAUUAAAACAAGCCACUCCUUACAGUUUAAAGCCAUUAAAGUCAACUGUGUGGGGUCGUGUGGCAUCUCGUCCAAGCUGAAUGAUGCAUCAUGGAUGCUUGAGGAGAAGUACUUGAGCAGCACACUGUCUGUGGGCGAUAAAGGUACUCUGUCAGCUGGAGAGCACAGCUUUGCGUUUCAGUUUGUCAUUCCAGCAUCUGUUCCAACCUCGUUUGAAGGCCCGUUUGGGAAGGUUUUGUACAAAAUUAGGGCUUUUAUUGACACGCCACGUUUCUCAAAGGACUACAAGACCCAGCGACCCUUUUACCUUCUCAAUGUGCUCAACCUCAAUGAGUUGCCAGAUAUAGAGCAACCCAGCUGUGCUUUGACAACAAAAAAGUUUAACUACCUCCUGGUAAAAACAGGCACGCUCAUGCUGAAGGCAUGCAGUGAUCUAAGAGGAUACACUCCUGGACAGGUUAUCAAACUAUCCACUGAGAUCCAUAACAAGUCUGGUAAAGACACCGGCUAUGUGAUGGCUAGCGUUAUUCAGAGAGUGUCGUAUAAAACAAAGCGGCCAAUGUUUGAUUUGCGGCCCAUAGCAGAGGUCGAGGGUGCUGGGGUGAAGGCUGGCAAACAUGCAGAGUGGAAAGAACAGAUCAUCGUCCCUCCUCUUCCUCAGUCAGGCCUCACUGGCUGCAGCCUCAUAGAUAUUGAGUAUUUUAUUCAGGUUUCACUAAAAUCUCCUGAGGCUGUGGUCACGUUACCCAUCUACAUUGGGAACAUUGCUGUAAACUUGACUCCCUCCAUUCCUCACCCCAUCGCUCAAGGCGCACCAAUGCCUGCCAUGCCAAGCCUCAGCCCUGCACCCGUAGUCCCCAGCGCACCUCCUGUGGAGGGCGACCUGGAGGGUGCGCUGGCUGCUGGAGGAGUAGACAGCGAGGAGAUCCCCACUAAGAGUCAUUCUCAGCAGGACCCGUCUGGUGUGCCUCUCUCCAUGUCUCCCAGUGCAUUCGGUCAAGCGUCUGGUCCAGUCGCGCCGCAGCCCGCCCAGUCCUCCAGCAGCUCUGCUCCUCUGUUCUGUUUGUCCACAGGGGCCACCAUACCUUUCUUUACAGAUGGCAAUACAACACCAGUGCCCACUUCCUGUCCCCUCAUCCUGCCCCCUGAAUACAGCACCUGGGAAUACCCACAUGAGCCACCUCCCACUUAUGAGGAAAGCUGCAGUAGCAACAACUCCAGCUUCAACAGUAGCAUGAGGUAGACCCUUAAAGGGCUUGAUUCUUCAUCAUGCCAUUCAUCUGGUGCCUCCUGCUGGACGGCACAGACAUUGCUGCCACGCCAUAAACAACUUCUCCAUGAACCAAAUCUGUUUAAAAAAAAACAUAAAGGAUUCAUUUCCUUAAUUUUUAGUUAAUCCCCUCAGAUUACCAUUUCAACAUUGGAGAAAACAACCCUGAAACUAUCCAGGGAGAAUGUUUCAGUGCCUAAGAAAAUGUAGCACUCUUUACCAACCCCGAGAUGAGACAAACACAGAGUUCUUGUGAAACGAAUACCAGCAUCUGUUACAUUUUGAAGUGAAAGUUACACUGAGGAUACUUUUUCAUUCAACCAAGGCUGGCCUUAUAUAAUGCUCUUCACAAAACAUGCUCCAUAAAAUCUGAAUUGACGCAGAAAAAUAUAUCCGUCUGAUUGGAAGUCUUGUUGAGGAAAUAAACACUCCUUCCGUUGUGAUGAUCAUUAUGAAUCAUAAUUCACUCCAUGCUUAUGCCAGCAGGAAUGGCUCUUGACGAAGACGCUGGGCCACAGAGAAAGUUACUCUGGAAAGAACAAGUUUUAUUUAUUGAUGAUGAUUGAUGUUGGAAGUUUAAAUUUGACUUUUUAAAAUCCACCUCAUCACCAAAUGGACACUAUGUGGAUAUGUAGUCAACCAUCUUUGGGCACAUACGUCAUCACAUGGCCAAAUGGUAGCCGGUGCUCCUUUGAAUGCUUAAGGGAACAUAUUACAUAUCAUUUUUAAUAGGAAAUUACAUUCAUUUUGUUUCACAGGCUGUCAAGAGAUUUAAGGAUUACACUUUUGACUCCUGACUCUGUAUUUUUGUUUCCUUAUUUUACACAAAACAAAGCAAAAUAAUCAGAUUUUUCUUUUCUGGGGUUCAUCAUUUCACCCUAGAGUUAUUAUUUCAAAGUAUUUCAAAGAACUGUCAUUCAGACUGUGAUUUCUUUCUCUCUUUUUUUUCUUUUUUUUUCUUUUAGUUUUCCAGACUGUGCAUAAUAUCAGUGCUGGUAAUAUGUUAGAUGUCAGAAAUUUCUGAUGUGCAUCUGAUUUAAACUGUACAUGUCUUUGUAUGUGACUUGUUUGGUUUUAUGCAUUGAUAUUUCUCAUACUAGCCCCCAGCGAUUGGAGAUUUCUAAUGGAUUUCCGGUGAGGCCUUAGGCUGUACUUGGAUUGUUGUGUACAGUCCUUUAAUAUGGCAAAACAUUUUCCAAAACACUUAUUCAGACCCUUAAACUGUUGAAGAAAUUGAAAAAUUGAAGCACAAAAGGCACUUUUAUAUGUUUGUGUGUAUGUAUGUGUCUGUGAUUGAGAAUGUUUUCUCAGUUUCUUCUCCAAAAUCAAAAUAAUCAAUCUCCAUUUUAGUUCAGUGUUGUACUAAGUUUAGUAUUUGAUUCAGUAAGCAAAGGAAGUCAUAUUCAGAACAGACCACCUAUAUUAUGCUAUGUAUGAUUUUGUAUGAAGCAAAUUAGAAGACAUGUUUUCAGUACUAAAGUAUGUGAUGUUCUCUAUCUUUUCACUGUCUCUGGGUGUUUGUUUAAAAUUUAUAUAGCAGUAUGAACCAUUUACAGUGCUGACAGAAAAAUAAAUUAGGGUUAUUCAACAAAAAGGGUGUAAAAAAUUACUUCAACAGUGAAUAGCUGAUGUGCAUAUUUCUUAAAAAAUAAAAUAAGUAAAUAAAUCCAGUAGUUUUAUUUUAGUGUAUUUUCAUCAUGACGAUUGAUUUUCUAGCCUGUGUACAUUUUGAUGAAAACAAAAAAAAUAUAUAGACAUAAAAGCUAGCAAUUAUUCUCUGUCUAUAUAUUUUUGAUUUCACAAGACAUAAAAAAGAUUUAUUGUGCCCAGGUUAUGUGUUCCCACUGUUUGCAUCAUAUUUCCCUCUUUGAAAGAACUGAACUAUUCCAUAACUCAGAAAAACUUUGUCGUAUCAACAUUAUAAUCCUUUUAGAAUACAAACACUUUCACUUUAUUUUAUAUUUUGUUACAAUUGAUUGUGGAAAUUAUAUUUUUUAAAAAUUAUUAUUUGUAGAAUGAAAUGGAUCAAUGCAAUUUAUUACCAGUUAAACAUUAUAUAGCAGACAUUAUACAAAAAUGUACUUUUGAAUCAUCUUAUUAGACUGCAGAAGGUACUGAUUUUAUAGAAUGGCCCAUUCAUAUUCAUUUCAAAGGAUUUGGACUUUGCUGAUUGUAUCCCAGCAGGCCACUGUGACUUCUUACAGUGCAGCUAUAAGCUUAAAUUGAGAUUGUGUUUCUUCACUGUGAGCAGCACUCUGUUGAACUCUCAGCCAUUGCACAAAUGUUAAGAACAUUUAAAUGAAAAAAGAACAUUCACAUACAAAUUCACAUUUGUAUUGUUCUUCAUCAAAAUCCAGUAAAGAAACCCCUGACUUGAAUGCCUGUUCUGUAUUUAAAACCACAUUUUGCCUUAAUGUGAAUCUGAUGCAUCCCUGGUCCCAUCAUAAUUGUAAAGAUAACAAAUACUUUGAGAUAACAUUGCAUUGCUAUUACUGUUCUACAAUUGCCUCUCGAGCAUCUUUGGCUUUCUGUUGGCAGCAGAAAAAGCCAAAAGGGAUAGUACAUGGUUUUUUUUAGCACUGAUGGUAAAGAAAAUUAUAAAUGUGCAAGUCCUCCAUUCUGGAAAUGCUGACAUUGCAGUAUGGACAAACACUUAUUUGUUGUUUAUCUACAUGUGUUAUAUAUGUUCUGUCUUUUUCUUUUCACCAAAGUUUCAACAGCUUUAUCGAGUUACAUUUCAUCAUUGUGUGGUACUUUUCUUUCCCUGGAUUUACCAGCAGGUUUUGAAAUAGCACAAUUGUGGAUCAGUGUUCUAUGUAAAGAUGUGACAGAAUGAACUUGUACAGCAAAUAAAAUCACUUAAAUUCUCAA